GUUAGCCGUUAGCUCGCCGUUAGCCGUUAGCUCGCCGUUAGCGGUUAGCUCGCCGUUAGCCGUUAGCCCGCCGUUAGCCGUUAGCCUGUUGCUCCGCGACCAGCGAUGACCACCGACAGAGUUCUUCUUUCUGCGUCUGUUGAUUGUUGACUAACGUUACAACCGGAGCCGCUCUCCGUCCAGCAUGAGUGAAAACACCGAGACCACCGCGGGGAACGACGAGGACGCCGGUUCGGAGCCCAACGAGCACGACUACGCCCACAGCGCGGAGGAGUCUUUCUCCGGAGCGCCGGCGGCUGACGGCGGACUCACCCCGCCGGAGAGCGCCCCGGAGCAGCAGACUCUGUCGGUGGAGCUGCCCGAACCGGCGGUCGGUGCGGAGGUGGACUGCCCCGGUGGACACGAUGUGGAAGCGGCCUCCUUUCCGCCGCCGCACACCGAAGAACAGCCUCCAAACGCGGCCGCACAGGAGCACUCGGGUCCCGCGGAUGUGCCGACGGGCUGCCGCCGGCGCGGUCCCCGCCGCCCGGAGGACCGGAGCUGCUCCUGCUGCAAGUGCGAGUUCGAGCGGCAGGGCCGGAGCUUCAACCGGAGGGCGGUGUACACCUUCACCACCCCGGACACCGUGCACUGGGCCUUCCCGGACGCCGUAGUGCACGACAGGUCGUUCCUGUGUGAAACCUGCGCGCAGGUGAUCAGGAGCAAAGGGAAACGCAAACAGAGCGGGAAGCGGUCCCUGUGGCUGAAACCGCCGGUGCUGAAGAAGUCCGAGGUGAGAGACAAGAAGAAGAAAGGUCGCAGGAUGGGGAAGAAGAGCAAAGCAGCGCUGCUGGUGAGCAAGUCCUGCUACAAGUCCGCUCUCAAAACGCUCUGGUCGGCCAAAGGCGCCCGGAAGCCCAUGAUGGACUUCUGGAGCAAACAGCUGAAAGAGGAGAUGAAGGCGCUGACGCGGCAGACCGACAACCCCUUCCACCAGAAGGUGUCCCACAGGAAGCCGCUGUCGUCCUUCCCCUGGCGCCGCUGUCUGAACUGGGCUCAGGACAAAGCUCCCCUCGUCACCACCUGCCUCACCUCGCUGUUCCCAGACAUCAACACCCUGUCGAAGAGCAGCCACCAGAUGACGGAGGAGCAGGCCCAGACGCUGCUGGAGCGCCGGACCGUGGUGGCGCUCUCCAUCCCGCUCUUCACCAGGAACAUCUGGAAGAACAACUUCCUGCAGGCCUCGCUGGGGGCGGAGCUCCGCCUGCAGGGCUGCUCUGGCUCCGCUCUGGACGCUCUCAACACGAUGGGACUGUGUCAGAACAAAGACACCGUCAGGUUGCUGCUGCAGCGCCUCCGAAAUGGCAAGAAGGCUGUGAGUAUCAUGACCUGUAGUGCAGAGCUCAAACCUUAAAGGGGAACUUGGGCAGAUGUUUACCGUA